CUGCCAUAAUCGAAUUUCAACUUCCACAACAAGGAAGCUGAAAAGACCAAACUUUCAAACAACCCAAGUAAUUCAAAGCUAUGGUCAUUAUUUGCAGAGGUUUAGGGUUUAACCACAAGCAAUUCCUCUCGUUCCCUAACUUUUUCUUUCUACGCACUUUCAUGGCUACUUCUCCCCUCGCUUCCCUUUCCCCUGCUUCUCCUGCUGAUUCCAUUCCCGUAAAGCGAGUCGGGACUCACCAUGGGAGCUUCCACUGCGAUGAAGCACUUGGUUGCUUCAUGAUUCGCUUGACGGAUAAGUUCUCUAAUGCUCAAAUUGUUCGAACCCGUGAUCCCCAGGUAUUACAAGGUCUUGAUGCAGUCCUUGAUGUUGGGGGCGUAUAUGAUCCAAGUCAUGAUCGAUAUGAUCAUCAUCAAAAGGGGUUUGAAGAAGUUUUUGGCCAUGGUUUCACCACUAAGCUUAGCAGCGCUGGUCUUGUUUAUAAGCAUUUUGGGAAGGAGAUUAUUGCGAAAGAACUUCAAGUUGAUGAAGGGCACCCAGAUGUGCACAGGCUAUUUUUGGCUGUUUACAAAAGUUUCAUGGAGGCAAUUGAUGCUGUAGAUAACGGCAUUAAUCAGUAUGAUACUGACCAGCCGCCAAAAUAUGUGAAUAACACACACCUAUCUUCAAGGGUGGGGAGAUUGAAUUUGGACUGGAUAGACCCUGAUCAAUCACCCGAGAAUGAGAAUAAGGCAUUUGAGAAAGCAAUGGCCCUGGCGGGCAGCGAGUUCUUAGAUAGUGUUAGAUUUCAUGCAAAGUCAUGGCUACCAGCUAGAUCAAUUGUGAUAGGAUGUCUUGCAACAAGACAUGAUAUUGACCCUAGUGGAGAAAUAAUGGUUUUGGCAACAUUUUGCCCUUGGAAACUUCAUCUAUUUGAGCUCGAACAGGAGUUGAAGAUUGAAAAUUCGAUCAAAUAUGUGCUCUAUCAAGAUGAUAGAAGCAAACACUGGCGAGUGCAAGCGGUGGCAGUAUCUCCUGACAGAUUUGAGAGUCGUAGGCCGCUGCCUGCCCAAUGGCGAGGUUUAAGGGAUGAGGAACUCUCAAAGGAGUCUGGGAUACCUGGUUGUGUGUUUGUUCAUAUGAGUGGCUUUAUUGGUGGAAAUCAAACUUAUGAAGGGGCUCUUACUAUGGCGAAACAGGCAUUGAAGCUGUAGAAAUCGAGAUCUAUUUAUUUAUUUACAUAGCUCGCAACAUCGGUUCGGAGAAUACUGUGUGUGUUAAUUUGAGUUCAAGGCUUACUGUUUUUAUGCCUUUGUGAGUCCCUCUAUUCUUCCAAUUUGAAAACAUUUUCUGUAGAAACAAGGUUAUUCUUUUGGGAAGGGAAGUUAUUAGAUUUUGAUUUUGAUAUUUGGAAAUGGAAAUCUGUAAUACCAUACAGAACAAGAAAAAUAUCAACUUUCCACAUGGAAAUCUUGCUUUAUCAAUGUAUCCACUCAAGUCAAUUUUAAUCUUCAACAAAAUACAUACUGAA